AUGGAGUGGCAAAAUUUGGUCCUCGAAGCGACCGUGGAUCGCCGAUCUGUGGACUCGGAUCCGGAGGCGGAAGAUCCGCCAAGGUCUGCAGUGGAGCGCCCCGAGUAUGAGACUCCGCGCGGAAUACUACUACGACCAAGGCCGACGGCGGUCAAGUGUUUGAAGGGCGGAUCAAGUGGAGAUCAAGAGGACUCUGACCACCAGCCUAUGGAUAAUCCGCCGUCGGACAAUCCACCGCUGGAUUGUCGACCGAUGGACGUGGUGUCUGUCGCAAGUGAUGGGUCGGAUCUGUCGUCUAUCGCAGAUGAUAUGUCACAUGUUGUAACGGUCGUGGAGGCGCUGGACGAUCAGGAUCCAGGCGUAUCAGGUAUUACAGCAGGGGAUGUGCCCCCGGUCGAGGAUCCAGCUGUGGAAACAGUAUUGGCAGACGAAGCUGUAAAACCUGGGACGAGACAUAAGUUGGGUGACCCGUUGGAUCAGAAGAACGCCACGUUUAUGUCACAGAAAAGGGGCGAGGAUUCGGCAGCUGUUUUGGAAGGUCAACCGAACACAUCGGAUCUGGACCUCACUUGGGACUCGGAUCAGGAUUACGACGAAUGUGUGUAUUACCACGAAGGCAGCGAUCUCUACGCUGAAGACGUCGACGGACAACUAGCGGUACUGCCUGAAGUCCCAGCAACGACGGAAAAUGUGAAGAUCGAGGACAUCCAAUUGUGCGGAUCCGACAAUCAGACACCUGAAGUGAUCGACCGACUCCGCCAGCGGAUCUGGAAGUUCAGGCAUCUCCUUAUCGGCAAAGGAAACGCGCUCCCACCAGCGGCCCGAGGGGUUGUGUGUGAUAUCGAUGUGGGAGGAGCUCGGCCGAUCGCACUCAAAUGCCGAAAGCUGCGGAUCCAGUUCCGAGAGAUAUUGGCAGAGUUGAUCAAGAGCCUCCUGUCAGCUAAGAUGAUCACUCACUCAAGAUCUCCAUGGGUAUCGCCGAUCGUCGUGAUCAUCAAGAAGAAUGGUGUGGAUAUACGAUUGUGCAAUGAUUAUCGGUUGGUUAACAGUCUUACACAGCUGAUGGUUUACCCGAUGCCGCUGAUCAAAGAUCUAAUGGAGGAUCUCUAG